AUGCAACCUAAAGACUCAAUCAAAUCGACUUGGGCUCUUGGAAACAAGUCAGAAUGGGGUGUCAACCAUCAUGUCAUUCAUGCCUUGAACGCAUAUCCAGUUAGCCCAGGCGAAGACGUGCCCGUCCAUAAGAAAACCGAUAAGAUGCCUUACUUUGCUCAAUGGCAAGGUCACGUUUGGGUUCUCUCACACGCCUUUGCCCCGAUCGCAGUCCACCAAGGUUUACUUUCUUACGCACAUCAAGAUGCCCUGCACCCUGUCGCCGUGUUCCUUCUUUACUUCCCUAUGUUCAGCUGGACUGUUGUUCGCCAAGUCAAGGCUGCACGCAAAGUCGGGCAUCAGUAUGGAUUUCUUGACGGAGAUGCUCAUGAGCGUGAUGGAGUUCCUGAUGUUGGCGUUGAUAAAGUGGUUUCGUCGCUGUGGAAAACUACUGGGUCCCGCAUUCUUCUCGCUACAUGGAUCAGCUACGACACCAGCCAGUCUCCCCUGUCUGCCAUGAGCGACCUGUCUUGGUGGGCUUGGCUGUACUUCCAAAUCGGACUAUAUGGUAUUAUCCUUGACUUUUGGUUCUAUGUAUACCAUCGGGCUAUGCACGAUAUUGAUUCGUUGUGGAAGUACCACCGAACCCAUCAUCUGACGAAACACCCCAAUACUCUUCUUGCUGCAUAUGCCGACCAUGAGCAGGAGUUCUUCGACAUGGUUGGCGUGCCAUUCUUUACCUGGCUGACAUUCUACUGUCUUGGAAUGCCCUUGGGCUUCUACGAAUGGUGGGUGUGUCAUCAGUACAUCGCCUUCACAGAAGUCCUUGGUCACAGUGGACUCAGAGUAUAUGGCAUGCCUCCUUCGACCUUGAACUGGCUACUGCAGCUGGUCGGUGCUGAGCUUGUCAUUGAAGAUCAUGACUUGCAUCACCGUAAGGGAUAUAGGAAGAGCCAUAAUUACGGUAAACAGACUCGUGUCUGGGAUAAGUUAUUUGGGACAUGCCACGAACGAAUCGAAUCGGCGAAAGAGAAUGUUGAUUGGGAUACAUCGGUGUGGUUUCCUAUCUCUUAG